UCAAUGUUUAGAGGAAUGGGCAUUGAGCCGAAGACGUCAUGGGGACGAGGAACGCUGGCCCUUGGAAGAGGAGCAUUGGGAGAUGGGAAACUGCAAGACGCCCCUGCAGGCGUGAGCAGCGCUCCAGAGGAAACUGGGAAAGUUGGUGAUGUGAUGGGCAGAGGCAGCAGUUUGUCCCCGCCGAUGGUCGGCCUUGGAAGAGCAGCGAUGCCACAGCUCGCUAUGGGAAGAGGACGCGCUCUACUUCCUCCUUUUCCCCCUGGUCAAUUAAAGUCCAUUUCACCAACGCCUGAUCCACAAACGAACCUCCACUCUCAGCCGUCGUUUCCAGGAGCCGUGCCCUCGACUCAAGAGGCCACUGCGCUUUCACCAGCAAAGGAGGAGUUGAAGAUGGAGGUUUUACGUGAGCCGCUUAAUAAAGCUGGAACAAAAGGAUCUUCCAUAACCAUUUCAUCAAACCACAUCCCAAUUAAAUGCAGGAAUGAAGCCGUCUAUCAGUACCAUGUUACAUUCACUCCAAAUGUGGAAUCAAUGGGAAUGCGUUUUGGCAUGAUGAGAGAUCACCGUUCAACCACAGGGGAAGUGAUGGCUUUUGACGGCUCCAUACUCUACCUGCCACUUAACCUCAAGCAGGUGGCCGUUCUGAAGAGCGUGAGAAAGACUGAUAAUGAGGAAAUAGAAAUCAAAAUCCAGAUGAAGAAGAUUUUGCCACCACACUCUGAUCUUUGCAUCCCGUUCUACAACGUGGUUCUCAGGAGAGUGAUGAAGAUUAUUGGGAUGAAGCAGGUCGGCCGCAAUCACUACAAUCCAGAAAACGCAAUCAUUCUUGCGAAACAUCGGCUUCAGGUGUGGCCGGGCUAUUCCACUGCCAUAAAGCACACGGACGGAGGUUUGUACCUGUCCGUGGAUGUUUCCCAAAAGGUCCUGCGGAACGAGUCUGUGCUGGAUAUCAUGAACACGCUGUACCACCAGAGCAAGGAGAACUUCCAGGAUGAAUGCACGAAAGAACUCAUCGGCAGCAUAGUCAUCACUCGCUACAACAACCGCACGUACCGGAUUGAUGGGAUUGAGUGGAAUAAGUCGCCCCAGGACACGUUCACUCUGAUGAACGGCACAACAACCACGUUUCUGGAAUACUACAGCAAAAACUACGGAAUCACAAUCAAAGAGAUGAACCAACCUCUACUGUUGCAUCGACCAAAGGAGCAGUCCAGGCCGGGGGGGAAGCAAAUCAUUACUGGUGAGAUCCUUUUAGUGCCAGAGCUUUCCUUCAUGACGGGAAUCCCUGACAGAAUGAGGAAAGACUUCAAAGCUAUGCGGGAGCUGACCAUGCACAUCAACGUGAGCAGUGAGCAGCACACGCAUUCAAUAAAGCAGCUGCUGAAGAACAUCUGCACCAACGCUGACAGUAAAAAAGAGCUGAGCCGAUGGGGGCUGGAGGUCGGCCUGGACAUCCCCAAGAUUAAUGGUAGAACGCUGCCUGUUGAAACCAUCUGUCUUCAGUCCGCGACCUUCACAACCGGCACUGAUGCGUCCUGGUCCAGGGAGAUUGUGAGGGACAGCUCAAUCAGCUCGAUCCCUCUGCACAUCUGGGCCAUUUUCUACCCUCGCCGCGCUGCAGAGCAGGCUGAAGAACUGGUUUCUACCUUCAGUAAGGUUGCCGGGCCCAUCGGGGUCCGACUAGAUCGACCUAUUCGAGUGGAGCUGCGGGACGAUCGGACAGAGACUUAUCUCAAAAGCAUCCACUCUCACCUCGCCAGUGAGCCUAAGAUGCAGCUUGUCGUUUGCAUCAUCACCGGCAACAGAGACGAUCUGUACAGCGCCAUCAAGAAGCUCUGCUGCGUUAAAACCCCCAUCCCUUCCCAGGCCAUCAAUGUCCGGACCAUAUCUCAGUCCCAGAAACUGAGGAGUAUCGCCCAGAAGAUUCUCCUGCAGGUGAACAGCAAGUUGGGAGGAGAACUGUGGACCGUCAACGUUCCCCUGAAAAACUUGAUGGUGAUUGGAGUCGACGUCCAUCAUGACACCAGCAAGUCACAUCAGUCAGUCAUGGGAUUUGUUGCAAGUGUGAACAGCUCCCUGACCCGCUGGUACUCCAGAGUAACGUUCCAAACACCAACUGAAGAGCUGAUCAACGGCUUCAGGGUUUGCUUUCUGGCUGCGUUACAGAAGUACUAUGAGGUGAACCACAACCUUCCAGAGAAGAUCGUGGUGUAUCGGGACGGAGUGUCUGACAGCCAGCUAAAGAUGGUGGAGCAGUACGAGAUCCCACAGCUGAUCAAAUGCUUUGAUAGGUUUCCCAGCUACGAGCCCAAGCUGGUCUUCAUCAUCGUCCAGAAACGCAUCAGCACCGCCUUUUACUCCUGCUUCUCCAGCGGCUACGUUGCUUCUCCGCCCGGAACCGUGUUGGAUCACACGCUCACCGAGAGAAACUGGGUGGACUUCUAUCUGAUGGCCCAUAGCAUUCGCCAGGGCUGCAGUUUUCCCACACGCUACAUCUCUCUGUACAACACGGCAAACCUCACACCCGACCAUUUGCAAAGGUUGACGUUCAAGAUGUGCCACCUGUACUGGAACUGGCCCGGCACCAUCAGCGUCCCGGCUCCGUGCAAGUACGCCCACAAACUGGCCUUCCUGACGGGCCAGUACCUGCACUCGGAGCCGGGAAUCCAGCUCUCAGACAAGCUGUUCUUCCUCUGACCUGCACUAGACUAAC